UUCCGGGGACUGCUGGUGUGACGUGUCCCGCGCUUGGCGCAGCAGGAAGCGGCGGCGGACGCGGCCCGAGUUCCCGGCGCCGGCUUCGGCCCCAAGUCUUCUCCCGCUCCAGUCAUGCUCGACUUCUUCACCAUCUUCUCGAAGGGCGGGCUUGUGCUCUGGUGUUUCCAGGGCGUGAGCGAUUCGUGCACCGGGCCCGUGAACGCGUUGAUUCGUUCCGUCCUGCUGCAGGAACGGGGAGGUAACAACUCUUUCACUCAUGAGGCCCUCACACUCAAGUAUAAACUGGACAACCAGUUUGAGCUGGUGUUUGUGGUUGGCUUUCAGAAGAUCCUCACACUGACCUAUGUAGACAAAUUGAUAGAUGAUGUGCACCGGCUGUUUCGGGAUAAAUACCGCACAGAGAUCCAACAGCAAAGUGCUUUAAGUCUAUUGAAUGGCACUUUUGAUUUCCAGAAUGACUUCCUGCGGCUCCUUCGUGAAGCAGAGGAGAGCAGUAAAAUCCGUGCUCCCACUACCAUGAAGAAGUUUGAAGAUUCUGAAAAAGCUAAGAAACCCGUGAGGUCCAUGAUUGAAACACGGGGGGAGAAGACCAAGGAAAAAGCAAAAAACAACAAAAAAAAGGGGGCCAAAAAGGAAGGUUCUGAUGGCCCUUUGGCUACUAGCAAAAUAGCCCCUGCAGAAAAGUCAGGUGUUCCAGUGGGACCCGAGAAUGGAGAACUUUCCAAAGAGGAGCUGAUACGCAGGAAGAGAGAGGAGUUCAUUCAGAAGCAUGGGAAGGGUCUGGACAAAUCCAGCAAGUCUACAAAGUCAGAUAUUCCAAAGGAGAAGGGCAAAAAGGCACCCCGGGUUUGGGAACUAGGUGGCUGUGCUAACAAGGAAGUCUUGGAUUACAGUACUCCUACCACCAAUGGAACCCCAGAGGCUGCCUUGUCUGAAGAUAUCAACUUGAUUCGAGGAACUGGGCCUGGGGGACAGCUUCAAGAUCUGGAUUGCAGCAGCUCAGAUGAUGAAGGGGCCACUCAAAACACCAAACCUAGUGCUACCAAGGGAACUCUGGGUGGCAUGUUCGGGAUGCUGAAGGGCCUUGUGGGUUCCAAGAGCUUAAGUCGCGAAGACAUGGAGUCUGUGUUAGACAAGAUGCGCGAUCAUCUCAUUGCUAAGAAUGUUGCUGCAGAUAUUGCUGUCCAGCUCUGUGAAUCUGUUGCCAACAAGUUGGAAGGGAAAGUGAUGGGGACAUUUAGCACUGUGACUUCCACAGUCAAGCAAGCUCUACAGGAGUCUCUGGUACAGAUUCUGCAGCCACAGCGUCGCGUAGACAUGCUCCGGGAUAUUAUGGAUGCCCAACGUCGCCAGCGCCCUUAUGUUGUCACCUUCUGCGGUGUUAAUGGAGUGGGGAAGUCUACUAAUCUUGCCAAGAUUUCCUUUUGGCUUUUAGAGAAUGGCUUCAGUGUCCUCAUUGCUGCCUGUGAUACAUUUCGGGCUGGGGCUGUUGAGCAACUUCGUACUCACACCCGACGUCUCACUGCCCUCCAUCCCCCUGAGAAGCAUGGCGGUCGUACGAUGGUGCAGUUGUUUGAAAAAGGCUAUGGGAAGGAUGCUGCUGGCAUUGCCAUGGAAGCCAUUGCUUUUGCACGCAACCAAGGAUUUGAUGUGGUGCUGGUGGACACAGCUGGCCGCAUGCAAGACAAUGCCCCCCUGAUGACUGCCCUGGCCAAACUCAUUACUGUCAAUACACCUGACUUGGUGCUGUUUGUGGGGGAGGCCUUAGUAGGCAAUGAAGCCGUGGAUCAGCUGAUCAAGUUCAACAGAGCCUUGGCUGACCAUUCUAUGGCUCAAACACCUCGGCUCAUUGAUGGUAUUGUUCUUACCAAAUUUGACACCAUUGAUGACAAGGUGGGAGCUGCUAUUUCUAUGACAUACAUUACAAGCAAACCCAUCGUCUUUGUGGGCACUGGCCAGACUUACUGUGACCUACGCAGUCUCAACGCCAAGGCUGUGGUGGCUGCCCUCAUGAAGGCUUAACGUGGCUUUGCCUAAUACCAAAUCGCCGCUUGCCCCAAGUCCCCAUUCCUGUAUCAAGAAUGUGCUUUAGAGUAUGUGAGCAACUUGUCUUCAGUGUAGUGCAAAGGCAGAGUGAGGGGACUUGCAGCUCCUAACUCUACUCCAUGUUCAGCCUACCUCCUGCAAGGAGGGCGUAAUCAUGUUACAGUCACUGCCCGAUGACCCCACACAAGCCUCCCUCUUCCUUCUCAGGCAUCUCCUCCACUCUGCCGAGAUUCAGUAUCAUAGCUUUGACCAAUGGUUGGAAAACCCAACACCUGGAGUAUUGCUAACCAGUGUGAUCACAGAGCCAUCUGAGAUAAGGAGCAGUUUGAAGUCCCAGCUCUAUUGGGUUACUUCCAGAGCCAGCUCUGGGUCUUAAUGGCACCUCUCUCUAGAAUAUACAGCUUUCGGGUCCCUGGUGCCAGGGUGACAGCCACCUCACUGUGGCAGUGAUGGUGGUCUAUUCUUAAUUGCUGCUAAUUCUAAAUCUGAUGAUGAACUCUAUACCUGAUUGCUGCCCCAAAGCAUCAGUUAGGCCUUGUUACAAAUGAGUGAAAGGUGAGUGUCCACUUCUCUCAGAAACAAAGGGAGCUGAGUUGCCUUCCAACUUGUCCCUGCUCCCAAAAUCCAGAUGUAAGCUUUGCAUGUUUACCUUCCUGGGAGAAAACCAGUUGUCAGAAGGGUUAUCGUUGUCCUAUACCCCACUCCACCCAACCCUUGGCCUCCUGAGCAGGUCCUGGCUUUUCCCCAUCCUCUUCUACAGUGCCUGGUAGACAAGUGCUACGUUGAAGAACACAAACCUCUUGUUAAGACUUGUCCUGUAGUUUGGUAUUACAGAUGUGCUACUAGUGCAAUAAGGUGAAGGCUGUCUGCCCAGAGAAAUACAUAAUUUAUAUAAGAAAAUAAAUUUCAUAAAGAAAUUGCCUCUUAGAUCUAUAUUUACAUAUAGGAUUUAAAACUAAAAUGCUAACUCAUUCUUGGGUUUCUUUUUGGCAAGAAGGGCAUGAAAGGAGCUAACGGUGCUCUGAGGAACUGGACAACUUGUCCUAAGAAAGAUCAUCCUGUCUAAGAUGAAAAUAGAAUGCAUUCAUGUUUAACAAUCAACUCUUAAAUGUAGAAUCAGGGCCCUGGCAUGUAAAUGAACAAGCUUUUAAUACAGCUCAGUUAUGUAAAAUACUGUACACUGUAAAAGAUCUAGAAAACUAGAGCUUCAAGUCAUGUUUUAAAAAAGCCAUAGCUCAAUUGAAAAAACCAAUAGUACAAAACUGCAACACAAGCCCACUGACUCCACGACUUCUUGCUCCCCAAGUCCUGCAGAGCUGCCAGCCAUAGCCAGGAGCCAUCAUAUUGGUCUGCUGUGUAGACAAGCAUGCCCUGCCCUGGGGUGGGUAGGGGCUGCAUUGAGUCCUGAUGUCACUGGGUAUUAAACUGAACCAGGCAGCAGAGUAUCAAGAAACAGCCAGCAUGAAGGGAAGGUGCAACACUGCUACCCCUAUUCUACCCCAAGCUUCAGCUUAGGGUAUUGGUACUUCCUGGGAGCUGUUCUGAGUUCUUGUAUGUUUGCUUUUGUCACACACAUCCACAGGAAGGCCCCAUAGCAUGGUCUAAUGGUGAUGUCUCCAGCUUGCUCAUGUACUACAGCCUAUGGGGAAACAAAAGGAAAAGAAUGAAGUCCACAAAAGAAGUUUAUGCAUCUAAAACUGCUGGUGCUUGCUUAAGUCACUCAGUCCUAAGUUUUCAGAAAGCAGAUUCAGAGAAUUUCAGAUAGGUAAGGAAAGGCAAAUUUUGAUUUUCCACAAUCUAAAAGUUUUAGGAAGUUUUUCUGCUGACUGAUAGAAUAGGAAGUAGUAUACCUCUUACUUCACCGUGUGUUGCAGAUGAACCAUUUAGCUGGCCUUCUCUUGCCAUCCCUGCUAAAAACAAAACAUUGGUAUAGGCAUUAGGUGAAGAAGUGGAAUUUUUUUUCCAUUUAUCUUUGUGUGUGCGCACAUGCAAGUCAGGGCUACUUUUGGGUAUUGGUUCUCUUCACUGUGUGGAUUGCAGGAAUACAACUCAGGUUGUCAGACUUAGCAGCAAAUGCCUUUACCCACAGCCGUCUUAGCUGUUCCUGGGAAAGCUAAAACUGUUAAUGGCAAAAAUGAAAACUAAGGGGAGCUAAGGGCACAGGGUCUAACUAAAGAUGACACGACACAAGAUGAGGUAAGUAACUUUCAGACUGUCAAUACUAAACAGAAGCAGUGGGUUCCUUACUGCACUAAGAUUGGUUUUUGUCUGAAUGGAUCUCACUGUGUUACCACAUUAGGCUAUAGCUGUAGAUCCUCUAGCUCUAGCCUCCCUGGUAGUUAGAAUAAGUGUGUACUACUUCAUAAGACUUUACAAGACUGCUUGUAAACUGUUUUUUUUUUUUUUUUGAGACAGGGUUUCUCUGUAGCUUUGGAGCCUGUCCUGGAAUUAGCUCUUGUAGACCAGGCUGGCCUCGAACUCACAGAGAUCCACUUAUCGCUGCCUCCCAAGUGCUGGGAUUAAAAGCAUGCGCCACCACCACCCAGCUAACAUUUUUUUUCCAAUUUUAAUUUUUAGACUAUUUUUUUUUUAAUGUGCAUGAGUAUUUUGCCUGCAUAUAUGUUUCUGCACCAUGUGCAUAGCUGGUGCCUGAGGAGGCCAGAAGAGGGUGUCAGAACCACCGGAACUGGAGUUACAGUUUGUUGUAAACCAUCAUAUGGGUGUUAGGAGUUGAACUCAGGUUGUCUGCAGCAGUCAGAGCUCUUACCCAACUAAGCUGUCUCUAGUUCCCAAAACAUUUUAUGUGGACAAAACAUGGCUGCUUACUUUAUUCCCAGCAAGCACGCCCACAAUUUUAUUUAAAUUUGUAUUCAAAUUUAAUUCAAAGUAUGUUAGUUUGAAUUAAAAAUUCUGUACCUCA